AUGAGAUGGAAAAAGAAAAGUGACUCAAGCCUUUAUGAGUCAACCUAUGAGUUGACCCAAGUGAAUCAACACAAUGAGUUUAGUAACCAAUGAAUUACAUCAAGAAAGAGAAAAUAACACCAAGCAAGUCAACUUGAUAACUUUUUGUUUAAACAGAAAGAGAAAAAGUAAGAUUCAACUCUUUGACAAAAAAUAUGUUAGACAGUUCAUACAUUAUUGACAUGUUCAAGGUAUCUCUCUCAAGUAUCCAUUAUCUUAUGCUUUUUCAUUAAUACUUUUUAGCAUCAAGACAAGAAGAAUUUUGAUUGAAGUUCAAAGCUCAAGUUGCAAUGGCAAAGAUGAGUGUUGUAUUUAAGGUUGAACUUAGGUCAAUUUUUUUUAACUUGGCCUAAAUUUUGACUUUGGGUCAACUGUUCCUAUUUUAUUAAUAUUUAUUUUUGAUUUUUAAUUUCAGUAAAUCUUUGACAUCUAAAUCUUGAUGAUACUAAUAUAUUUUAUAGUGAUUUGGACCCUUGCAUAUGUCUUGUCUCUAAGAACACCCCAUUCUUGAGUUUCACUAAAUCAAUAUUCGACGACAACUAUUGACUAUUAGACUUAAGUCUUUUAGAAUUUCAACCCAGAUUUCAUUCUAAAAUUGAAACUGUUUUUUAUGAAUUCAAGAGAACAGGAUAUUUAAAAAGUGAUUGUUGUGAAUUCAAAAUGGAAAGAAAGAAGAAGAAGGAUGCAAUGGCUGCAACUUGGGGCAAUGAACUUGAAGCAUCAUCCAAAUUUGAAGAAGAAAAUACAAAUCUAUGUUCUGUAGAACAAGAAUAUGAGGUAAUGCAUGACCCCUACAAUGAUGAAAUUAAUAUUGAUAAGCUAUAUGAAUUCCUGAGUGAUAUUACCAUUUUUUUGAAGAAAAUAACAGGACCUGCAUAAAACAUUGAAUGAAAAUCGUAAAUUAAAGGAAAAUCUCAAAAUAGUUUCUGAAAAAUUAGAAAAUACCCAAGUCAUUAUCAAGGAACUAGAGUGGGGGAUAAAAAAAUUGACAAAAGAAAAUUUAGGACAUUGAUCUAGAUUGGAAAACUCAAUGGGAAGAAGAAAGAAAUUUAAAAUAGGAAAAACAACGAAAUUAUGACAAAUGAAAAAUUGAAAUUGAUCACUACCUUGGGAAGAAUAAGAUAUAUAUCAUUUCUCUAUUUGAAUUACAGAAAUUCAAUGUUUGCUUAAUGUGGAAUGAUUUAUGAUAUUCUCUUGACAUGUUGCAUAGAUGCUAGAACAUGUAAGCAUUCAGACCAUUAGGAAAAUGUGAAAAUUGAAUUUAGUUAAAAGGACUGACAUAUUCAAAGACUACUAAUAAGUUUGUAUUUGAAAAUUCUAUUAGUUGAAAAUUGGUUAGAAAAUGUCACAAAUUGAAAUAUAUGGUCACAAUGUCAGAACCACACAACCAUUAAAAUUAUUCCACAAUGAUUUUUUUAGCUCAACCAAGAUAACUAGACUAGGAUGAAGAUAGGAUGUAG